AUGCUUGGUCUCUUGAUUUUAUUUCCCUAUUUUUUAACAUCAGUUUAUGGUCAUGGUUAUCUGUUUGAACCGGUAGCUCGUAGUUCAGCUUGGCUUGUUGAUUCAUCAUUUCGACAAUGUUGUACUUGGCCGAAUCAUAUGGAAAUGUUUUGUGGAGGAUUAGGACAUCAAUGGAAUGUCAAUGAUGGAAAAUGUAGUAUCUGUGGUGAACCAUAUGAUAAAAAAGUGAAACUAUUUGAAAAAGGUGGAGCAAUGUACAAAGGAACCAUCGUUAAAACAUACACUCAAGGAGAACAAAUUGAUGUAAAAGUCAUGCUAACAGCUAAUCAUAAAGGUUAUUUUGAAUUUCGUUUAUGUAAUUUGGAUGCUAGUCCAUUAGCUGAUGCUAAUCAAGAAUGUCUCGAUCGUCAUCAGUUAAUAAUUGCUGGUACUAAUUCAACUAAAUUUCGUGAUGUUAAUAAAUAUGGUUCAGAAAUGAUUACUGUUCAUGUACAACUUCCAUUAGAUGUUGCUUGCCAACAUUGUGUUUUUCAAUGGAAAUAUACGGCAGGAAACAGUUGGGGUACAGAUCCAACUACCGGUCAAUCGGGUGCUGGUUUAGGACGAGAAAAUGAAACAUUUAUGGGUUGUUCUGAUAUUGCAAUUUUAUCAGAUGGUUCGCCCACUGAUCCACCUAUAGUUAUAGUUCCUACAACAUCUACGAUUCGAACAACAUCAACAACAACGAAAAUUAGUACUACCACAUCUACAGUAAUAACAUCAACACAUCAUUGGACACGACCGUCAACAACAAGUGAUGAAGUAAUGUAUGAUGGUAUGAAAUAUCGAUGUGUUGCUCCACAUCGAUCAUAUCCAGGUGCUGAACCAGGCAUUCUUACUUGGGCAUGGUGGAAACCUAUUCAAGAAGAAGAGGAAAAGAGUACUGAAAAAUAA